CGGAGUGUAAAGGAGUGGUUUUUACAUAAUAAUGUUCAUAUGAAAAUGAAAAUCGCAUUAAUAAUUUACAUUGUUUUGUCCGUCUCGUUUGCUGAAAAUGAGUUUUCAUUGAAUAUUUUACAUUAUAAUGAUUUUCAUGCGAGGUUUGUAGAGACCAAUCCAGCAGGUGGCGUGUGUAAUCCCUCAGUAGCGCCCUGCACCGGAGGCUUUGCUCGCUUAACGACCGCUGUGAGACAGGCUUUGAGGCGUGAACCUAAUUCACUGCUGCUUAACGGAGGUGACAGCUUCCAGGGCACGAUUUGGUAUAACUUGCUGAGAUGGAAUGUCACCCAGGAUUUUAUGAAUAUGCUGCCACAUGACGCUCAUGUUCUAGGAAAUCAUGAAUUUGACAAUGGUGUUGAAGGAGUUGUGCCUUAUUUGAAGCAUUUGAACUCAAAAGUAGUAACAGCAAACAUAAUAGAUGAUCUGGAGCCAUCUCUACAAGGUUUAUAUUACCCUAGUAUUGUUGUUGAAAGAAAUGGAAGAAAGACCGGAAUUAUAGGAGUAAUAAUUUCGUCUACUAACGAACUAGCAUCUACAGGGCGUUUGAAAUUUACAGACGAAGUAGAGGCUGUUAAAUUAGAAGCGGAAAAAUUACACAAUAAUGGUACUGACGUCAUUAUAGUAUUGUCUCAUUGUGGUAUUGAUAUUGACAGGGAGAUAGCUCAAAAUGGAGGUCCAUACAUAGACAUUAUUGUAGGAGGACAUAGUCACACUCUACUGUAUAACGACGACCCACCAGAAAACUCAACUUUUCGUCCACAAGGGCCAUACCCCCUUGUAGUCAGACAAGGAAUAAAACCAGUAUUAAUUGUACAAGCAGCUGCCCACGCUCAGUAUUUAGGAGAAAUAAAACUACACUUUGAUAACCAGGGGAACCUCGUUGAUUGGGAAGGUCAACCACAUUACUUAGGAAAUGAAGUUAUACAAGCUCCUGAUGUACUGGAGAAGAUAAAUCAGUGCCUUCCCGAGAUCACGGGAAUGGCUACGCGGAAAAUUGGAUCUUCCUUAGUUCAUUUGUCAUCGAGAUGCGCUUGUUCCGAAUGCAACUUGGGAAGCCUUAUUUGCGAUGCUUAUAUGGAUGCAAUGGUGCCGAGAGCUAAAGGUGGCAAAUGGAUCGAUGCACAUUUUUGCGUCAUAAAUAGAGGAGACAUAAGGGUGGAUAUGGAACCAGGAGUGAUAACAUUUGAGACAGUACUAUUAUCGAUACCAUUUGAAAACAACAUAGAGGUAUUCGAACUACGCGGUGACCAUAUUUUAGAGAUGCUGGAAUACUCAGUCGCUAACAUACCUUUCCCGGGCGCGAGAAUGUUGCAAAUAUCUGGUAUACAUCCAAUUUUCAAUGGAUCGCUUCCUGUAAAUCAAAGAGUUAAAAGUGUAUCUAUUCGCUGUAUCGAUUGUCCCGUGCCCCGAUACCAACCGCUAGAACUCAACAAAUACUACAGAAUGAUCGCUCCAAGCUUUAUUGCCAACGGCGGGGAUGGAUUCCAUAUGAUCGCGGAAAAUAGAAGAAACGUCGAAGUAGUCGGUGUGGAUUACGACUUAUUGAUUCGCUACAUAGCAAAGCUGAGCCCUAUUUUCAUCGAUGUCGACGAGAGAAUACAAAUACAAGACCCUUGUUUGAGUUAAAAUACAAUUCUGCAUGACAAUUUGUUCCCAUUGUAUUAACAAGCUGUUUCCCGCGAUUUCGUCCGCGCACUAUUAAACAUAGUACAAAAAACUAUGUAUAUCUCGGGAUCCAGAUAUUUUUCUGGAUGAACCGUAUCCCAUGUGUUACUCCAGACUUUGUUUUAUAUCUGUGCCAAAUUUGAAUAAGACAUGGUGAACCGUUGCAGAAUUAUCGAGUAAACAUGAAAAAAACGAUAUUAAUGUAUGUGGCGCUAGUGUGCUGUUGCAAUUCAGUUAGACUGUCCACCGGAUCCUUGUUAAAUGACUAUUUGUUUUUACUUAAUUAAAUGAUUCUUCUUUUGCAUAGAA